AUGACCAAGUUUUUAUGGAUAAAGCAGCCCGACAUUGGUGUUGCAACAGAUGCAGAAAGUCAUGAAGAGCGUCCGGUGCUUGGAGUCACCGGUACUUUUGCCAUGAUGGGCGACAGCGAUGCCUCGGCCGGACAGGAUCUUCCAAAUUUGAAAACAACAGGUAAGGGCAUUAUUUUGAACCCACAACCGACAGAAAGUGCAAGAGACCCUCUAAAUUGGCCUAUAUGGCGGCGAGAUGCCGCGUUACUCGUGGUUGGCUGGCACUGCUUCGUCGGAGCCGGUCAGACGUCGAUUCUGGCCGCGGGAAUGUCAAAACUAGAAGAAGAGUUUGGCCGCUCUGCAACAGAUAUAUCGUAUCUCGUUGGCGGAAUGAUGUUGGCGCUAGCUGUAGGGUCCAUGUUGGCCGCACCAACAGCAGUUUUGUAUGGUAAGCGGGGCGUCUAUCUUUUAGGAAUUAUCGUUUUUUUUGCAGGCAGUAUCGGCUGUGCAGUUUCAAACUCCUACGAGGGACUACUAGCCUCCAGAAUAGUUUCGGGACUUGGCGUUGCGACAGUCGAGUCUCUACCUUCGGCGACUGUCGCAGAGAUUUACUUUGCACACGAGAGAGCUUACCGUCUCGGGAUAUACACAUUGCUCCUACUUGGAGGUAAAAACCUUGUUCCAUUACUUUCGUCCUUCGUCUUCCAGAACCUGGACCGCCAUUGGCUUUUUUGGAUCGUCGCGAUCAUUGUCGGUGCCAAUUUCUUAUUGCACUUGGUGUUCGUUCCGGAGACUUUUUGGGACCGGACUCCAGUGCCCGAUAAGCGUUCUUUGAAGGAAACCGCUGUGGCACGUGCCGUGGACGACCGUGUUGUUUCUGAGAUGUUCUCAUUGUCCGGAGUAUAUGAUGGCUAUGACGAAAAAUUGCAUGACACACCCUCAAAUGACCAUAAAUCCAAACAGAGACGUUAUUCGCUUCGAAAAGCUCAAACUGCCAUAAGCUCACUAGCACCUUCGCAUUUGAGAGUGGGCUUGGGUUUCUAUCAUGGAAGACAUAGUUCUGACAAGUGGUGGCUCAUCUUCUUGCGACCUUUUGUCAUGUUCUCAUAUCCUGCCGUACUGUUUGCUGCAUUCUUAUAUUCGCUGGCAGUUGUUUGGCUGAUAAUGGUUGCCCAGGUGGUCGACAGCGUCUUGUCCGAAAGCCCGUAUAACUUUAAACCCAUUUCUGUCGGUCUGAUAUACGUCGCACCGUUUACUGGCAGCGUACUGGGCUCGCUUUUUGCUGGAAAGGGGAGCGACUUCAUAGUGCGUGCCAUGGCAAAACGCAAUCAUGGGAUAUACGAGCCGGAAUUCCGACUACUGACUGUAUUGCCAGCCGUGGUCGCUACAGCGAUGGGUCUAAUUGGAUUUGGCUGGAGUACACAUGCACAAGACCCCUGGAUCGCGCCGGCUGUGUUUCUGGGUGUAUUAGGCUUCGGAUCUUCAGUCGCCAGUACUUCUGCUAUCACAUACGUGGUCGACUCCUACAAACCUCUCGCGCAAGAAGCACUAGUCAAUCUAAACGUGCUCAAAAACGUUAUGGGAUUUGCAUUUUCGUUUUUCAAUACAAAAUUACAGGCGCAGCAUGGCUCCAAAACCGGGUUUGUCAUUUACGGGUGUGUCGAAAUAUUCGUUGGUCUUUUCGCCAUUCCUCUAUAUUACUAUGGUAAAAAGGCGAGACGUUGGACCGAUACAAAAAAGUUGCUGGAGUUCACCUAUGACCAUAACGCUUCUCCAGAGGUUGAUUCUGAAGCCAUUUCAGAGCACUAA